UCCUCGUCGAACUAUAUCCUCAUCUACUUCAGAAACAUACCAGGAUGAUACUUAUUCUGUAAUUACAGAAACUCCAAGUAUAGUUGAAACUGCAUCAGUACAUACUGCAAAAAAAGAAGUUAUUACCUCUACAACUUCAUUAGACCAAAACUAUCAGCCUCUUUAUUCUAAUAUUAAAACAUCUAUCUACCCACAACUUCCUGGAAUAACAACUAGUUCUAUCCAUCGUAAUCAAGAAGAAACAAAUUUUGGUCAAACAGAAUCAAGAGAUAUAUUGAAACAAGACCCUCUCCCAGAACAAACUAAUUUAACGCCUCUACACGAAUCAGAUAGUUCAGAUACUGACGAAGAAGAAAAUAUAGCUAAUUUGUCAAAACGGCUA